AUGACGUUCCUGAAGGACCCGUCGAAGAAGUACAAGGCGUUCAAGCCGCCGCAUUUGCCGAACCGACAGUGGCCCGACAAGGUCAUUGAGAAGGCUCCCCGUUGGCUGUCCUCUUGCCUCCGCGAUGGCAACCAGAGUCUGCCCGAUCCAAUGAGCGGCGACGAGAAGUGGCGCUACUUUAAGAUGCUUUGCGACCUCGGCUACAAGGAGAUUGAGGUCUCUUUCCCCUCUGCGUCCCAGACCGACUUCGACUUCACCCGCCGCCUGAUCGAAACCCCGGGAGCCGUGCCGGAUGACGUAUUCCUCCAGGUCCUUUCGCCCUGCCGCCCCGAUCUCAUCCGAAGGACGGUAGAUUCGGUCCGCGGUGCGAAAAACGCCAUCAUCCACAUCUAUCUCGCCACGAGCGAGUGCUUCCGGCAGGUCGUCUUCGGCUACACGGAAGAGCAGACCCUGGAGCUCGCCGUGGAAUGCACCAAGCUCGUCAGGUCCCUGACCAAGGACGACCCUGAAGCUUCAGAAACCCGAUGGCAGUUCGAAUUCUCGCCCGAGUGCUUCUCCGACACAGAUCCCGAGUAUGCCCUAAGGGUAUGCCGCGCGGUGAAAGCUGCUUGGGGCCCUAAUGGAAAGACCGGCGAUCAAAUCAUCCUCAACUUGCCCGCCACGGUCGAGCUGUCGACACCCAAUGUGUAUGCCGACUUGGUCGAACACUUUUGCAACAACAUCGGAGACAGAGAGGACCACCCUCACAACGACCGUGGAACUAGUAUUGCAGCUGCAGAACUGAGCCAGAUGGCGGGAGCUGACCGUGUAGAGGGCUGUCUGUUCGGCAACGGAGAGAGAACCGGUAAUGUUGAUCUCGUCACCUUGGCUCUGAACCUUUACACACAAGGUGUGAGCCCAGAAAUCGAUUUCUCCGACUUGAACUCGGUCAUCGACAUGGUCGAAUCAUGCACCAAAAUUCCCGUCCACCAGCGUGCUCCCUACGGCGGUAGCCUCGUCUGUGCAGCCUUCUCGGGCAGCCAUCAAGAUGCAAUCAAGAAAGGAUUCCAGAACCGCCAGAACAAAGGCUUGUCCAGCGAGGAUCCAUGGAACGGAAUGCCGUACCUGCCACUUGAUCCUCAGGAUAUCGGUCGCAAUUACGAGGCCAUCAUUCGCGUCAACUCGCAGUCUGGAAAGGGAGGAACCGCAUUCAUUCUGCAGGCGAAGCUGCAGCUCGAUCUCCCCCGCGGCCUCCAGGUUGCCUUCUCCAAAGUUGUCCAGCGCCGCACCGAAGAGCUUGGACGCGAGAUGCUUGCCAAUGAGAUUACCGAUCUCUUCGAGACGACUUACUUCCUCCGCGAAAACCCUCACUUUACCCUCGUGGACUACAGCAUCACCCCCGAUCGCUCACGGUCUCCUGUUCCCGCAGCCGCAGGCAAAACCCAGGACACGAAGGACCUGAUCCGUAUCUUUGACGGCGUGGUCCUUGCGGAAGGCAAAGAGUUCAAAUUGCGUGGCCGAGGAAACGGACCCAUCUCCAGCAUGGUGGCCGCGCUCAAGCAAAUCGGCAUUGACCUCGAUGUUCACGACUACAAGGAGCACGCCAUCGGCGAGGGCCGAGGUGUGAAAGCUGCCGCGUAUAUUGAAUGCAAGCCUACAGGCAGCAAGCAGACGAUCUGGGGCGUUGGCAUUCACGAGGACGUGGUACAGAGCUCGCUCAUCGCCCUGCUGAGCGCGGCGAGUAAUUUCGUCACGAGCCGACCCAACAGCCCUAUCCUGAAGCCCGCCGAAUCCGCUCCUCCUCAGGAGACGCCCAGUCUCGUUUCCGUUCUGGAAGAGAAGGCCAACGGUAUGUAG